AUGCCCAAGACCAAGCCACAGCCACAUCCCGGGCUCCAGCCCAGUUUGCCUCGUAUGGAAGCUCGUCCGGGUAUCACUCAUGCCACAGUGCAUCUGCCGCCGGGAGUUCUGCCCACUACCAAUUGUCUGCCCGAUAUGUCAUCCUAUAUCAAUGCCAUUGAUUUCUUUGCCCAUCCGGAGCGUCAACCGGAUCCGAAAACUGUGCCCCGCACCACUGUGACCAUUACACCCAUGAGUCAAAUGAACCAAGGAGAAGAAAACCAAUCGAAGAAGUUAUCCAUGGAAGUGGUGCCAUUGGGCACCUAUGAGGCAGGACCCCUGGAACCGGGUUUCCUGAACAUGCCCUUUCAGACCAUCAGCACCAUGGACUUUAGGCUGGAGCCACAGAAUGAAGGGGACUAUGAUCCCACUCGCACCUCCUACAAUGCUGAAAUCUCACCACCCAUGAUGCUGACAAUGUAUCAGCAGCAUCGUUUGCAGGCUGCUCUCCUGCAGAAUGAGGUGCCCCUGGUGGAUGCCCUUAUGCCCGUCAUUAUGGAUAUACGCAGGGAGUGUGCCGAAAUGCGACAGCCUCUGGCAAUGCCAUCACUUCCGUAUGCAACCAUGCAAUUUUACUCGAAGCCAGUACAGAAUCCAUCGUUGCCUUUGUUGCCAUCGUUGCCAUCGUUGCCGUUAUCGUUGCCACCAAAGCCUCCUCGAGCUGGCGGAUAUCGUUCUCGGAAGGGACGGGGUUCUGGUAAUAGACAGCGAACUGAGAAACCCCGUAUGGUACUAUUGCCCACUCCACAGAUAGUACCAAUACCGCCGAGAAAUCCGCCGCAGAGGUAUCCUGUAGUCGCACGACCCAACUUUAAUCCCAAUUUUUAUCAACAACCAAGAUGCCCUGCAAUCAUUCCGCCGAAUCCCAACUUUGUUCAACAGCCGCCAAGAUAUCCUGUAUAUUUUCCACCUGGUGUUUUCCCAAGAUGUCCUGUAUACUUUCAACCUGGGUUUGCCCCAAGAUAUGACGUACAGCCACCGAGAUUCCCUGUAUUCCCACAUCCGAAUGGUAUACCGAACAACCCGGCAGCCCUGCCCUAUUACAAUGAGGGAACCUUCUUCAAUCAAUACUAA